AUGGGUCGCUCUCAGGAGGGCAGUGAAUUCAAGCGUGGUAACGUGAUAGGUUGCCACCUGUGCAAUAAGUUCAUCUGUGACAUUUCCUUGCUGCUAAAUAUUCCAAAGUCAACUGUUGCUGUUAUUAUAACAAAGUGGAAGCAACUGGGAACAACAGCAACUCAGCCAUGAAGUGGUAGGCCACGUAAAAUUACAUAGUGGGGUCACCGCAUGCUGAAACGCAUAGUUUCCAGUGAGGGGAAAUCUUAAGGUGUCAGCAUACCAAGACAUUUUGGACACUUUCAUACUCCCAACUUUGUGAAAACAUUUUGGGGAUGGCUCCUUC